AACAAAAAAGCAAAAACAAAUAUUACAGUAAGUAUAAACUUAUUCUAAAAUGAAAUAAUCCAACUUAUCAUGAAAGUAUUUUUACCUACAAAAUUUAACUGUCUGCUAGUACUAUUGAUUCAUUUUCCCUGAUUUUGGUUGGUAUAUAAAUAACCGCGCCUCUUAAAUUCUCUUCUCUAUUAUUACUCUCACUCACUCACAGUUGUUUCUCUUAAACCCAAACAAUCACGCUCUUGGCGGCGACACUUUCCAUCCUUCCUUCUUCACUCUCAUUUGGAUCAUGGCAGCUGUUGCUCCUUCUCCUGACAAAGCUGCAAGUUUACUGCAGAGUUUGACCCUGGAUUCACAACCCAAGACUAUUGUUGGAGAUGUUGAGCCUGUCAAGAAGAAUGGAGCUGCUUUUUCCAAUGGUACAGCUAAGGGGGCGGGCAAGCCAUUCAAUCCAAAUCCAAGUUUUGUUCCUAACAAUGGAUAUCCUUCGACUACAUAUUAUUAUGGAGGUUAUGACGGGCAAGGAGAUUGGAGUGCCUAUCCCAAUUAUUUGAACCUUGAUGGAGGGAUGGCUCAAAGUGUUUAUGGGGAUAAUUGCUCUUAUAUGUAUCAUCAAGGUUAUGGCUACCCACCAUAUGGAGCAUAUGCUUCGCCGAAUUCCUCCUCACCAAUAGUUCAACCUGAUGGUCAGAUGUAUGGGCUUCAACAGUACCAGUAUCCUUGUUCUUAUUACAACUCUCCAACUUCUGCUGAUGGAUCAUUUUCUUCUUACAAAACCAGUGUUCCACAACGAGAAAUGUCAACUGCUGUUAAUGCGGAUCGCAUUCCUCCAAAUGUUAUGAAUAAAGGAAACUCUGUUAGCCUGGUCAAUGGUGACUGUACAAACCAAAAUGGGUUAAAGGCUUUUAUAUCAAGUUCCCAGCACACAUCUUUGAAUACAAGGGAUUCUUAUCAAGGGUCUAGCUUGCCAGCUUGUGCUCCAUUGUCAGGACAUCAGGGUCCAAAGUUGAGUACUCACGGUACACAGUCAGCAAUUGCUACAGACGUGUCAUUGGUUUCUGAUAGACAGUUCAAACAUGGAGGAAAGGUUGGAUUAUCUUCACAAGCGGCUCAUGUCAAAGAUUUCUCAUCUCAAAGGAAUCAACGACACUCUCAGCCACUUCCACAAUUCAUGAACUUGAAUGGUUCCAGGCAUCCAUCUGGAAUGGAACUAGUUCCUGGAUUCAUGAACGGGAUUUAUCCAAGCAACAGUAUGUUCAGCCAAUAUGGAAACACAUUCAGAGCAAAUUCUCGUUAUGGGUCUUCUGUAUAUGGAUCUAGAACAGGUUCUUUUGAUAGCAAGUAUAGAUCCACAGGUAAUGGCUAUUUUGCUAAUGAUUCCAGAAAAAAUGUGGACGGUUUCAGUGAGCUAAACAAGGGACCAAGAGGUGCCAAGAGUUACGAUAAUAAAAGCGCCAAAAGUCUUGGAGCUGUCACAUUAUUACUCAAAGGACAGAACCUUACAGUGAAGAGUGAUGACAAAGAAGUAGUGCCUCUUGUUGUUCCAAGUAAAGAACAUUACAAUGGAGAAGAUUUGUCUGAGCAUUAUUCUGAUGCUAAGUUUUUUAUCAUCAAAUCCUAUAGCGAGGACGAUGUUCAUAAGAGCAUAAAAUACAAUGUUUGGGCAAGUACUCCCAACGGCAACAAAAAGCUGGAUGUGGCAUACCAGGAAGCCAAGGAGAAGCCUGGUGGCUGUCCUAUAUUUUUGUUAUUUUCGGUCAACACUAGCGGUCAAUUUGUUGGUUUAGCCGAGAUGACUGGUCCGGUUGAUUUUGAUAAAUCUGUAGAGUAUUGGCAGCAGGACAGGUGGACUGGUUGCUUUAAUGUGAAGUGGCAUGUCAUUAAGGAUAUUCCAAAUGGCGUGUUAAGGCACAUAACACUAGAAAACAACGAAAACAAACCUGUAACUAAUAGCAGGGAUACUCAGGAGGUUAAGUUCGAUAAGGGUAUUCAAAUUGUCAAAAUUUUCAAGGAGCAUUCAAGCAAAACAAGCAUAUUGGAUGAUUUUGGCUUUUACGAGUCCCGUGAAAAGACCACUCAAGAGAGAAAAUAUAAAGAGCAGCAGUUACCAAAACAGGUGAACAAGACCAGUGAUAUAACAUUUGGCUCAGUUACAUCACCCAAGUCUCUUGGUACAGCACAAGCAAAGUUGAAUGAAUCAGCUAUUGCAGAAGCAGCACGAGGAAAGUUGAAUUCAGAGGUGCUGUUAGAAAGGAAUGGAUCCACACCAGCAUUUGAAGAUUCUUCUAAGAGCAGUUAGAUUAGUGUGAUAGUUAUUUUUAUUUGCUGAUAUUUGUUUUAUUGGUGUUUUGUUCUUUGUUUUCUGGUUUUUUAGUUUUCUUCCUAUUCCUUUAGUAAUGAAGAAGUUGUGGUGUUUUUGAGUCUUAGUUUUUUGCUUAUCUGACCUUGGUUUGGAGUGGAGUAACUCAUUUUAAUUUUUUUUCUGUCUCUUUUAAUUUAAUAAAAAAUAUAAAAUGUGGCUGUUUUGGUCCUCAA